AUGCUACUAUUAUUUCAUAUAAUAUUAUCGAAAAAUGAUUUUUCACGUACGAAUAUCAAUUUCAAUAAAAAUAUUGACAAAACAUCGAAUCAGUACUUUCAACAGGACGAUGAUAUUUUAGAAAAACUAUCAAUAAAUUCAAUACUAUUAUAUGAAUUAAUAGAAGAUGCAUUCUUUUUUACGGCUAUUCAAUCGAAUGUACAAACAACAUUUACUCAUUCGAGUCAAGUUUUUUUAGAACGAUUCUACAAUUAUUUUUGUCAAUUAAAUCCGAAUCAUAAUUGUAAAACCUAUAUAAAACUCGUCAAACGCGUAUUACCUUGGGGAUUUAUUAGUAUUCAUAAAUGGUUAAAAACGUGUUUACUUUCUACAACGAAAAGAACAGAAUCAAUAUUAACGAUGUCGAAGGAGUUUAAUUCAAAUCUACCAUUCACAUUUCUUUGGUAUAUAACAAAUUGGUUAGUCUCGAAUAAAGUUUUUCUUAAUGAAUACGAUCCAAUAGUUACAUUCGAAAAAGUUUCACGACAAGAAUUAAUUACGAAUCUAUACGAUUCAGAUAGACAUGGAUAUUCUACUGUAAAACUAUGUGCAUUAACAUAUUAUAUGGAUGGACCAUUUCUCAUUAUGUUCUAUUGUAAUGAUGAAAGAAUAUUCGGUAUUUUAUUAGAAGGAAAACUUAUGGAUUCAGCUAAACCAUAUGGUGGUCGAUCAUCUCUUUGCUUUCAAUUAUCUCCUCAAUUUAUUAUACUUGAGCGUGGUCCGUCGAUGCUUUAUUGGAAUAUUAAAAAUCGUUCGGAUGGUCCGUUAGGCGUUCGUAUAGGACACAACGGUAUAAUACGCAUAUCUAUCGAUCUCAGCAUGGAACAUAUACAUCAUCCUGAAGGUUCGAGUUCAAUAAAUCGAGUAGAAAUAUAUAAAUUUGGUUCGUACAAAAUACCUAUUAUUCAACAGCAAUCGUUGAUUCAUAAACAACGCAAUGACUACAAUGUAUUCAGUAUUGAUGCUCAUAAACUAGCAGAAUCGAUCGGUAUGCAUUUGUUUACAUGA